AUGAAUAAACCAAAGUGUGCAAAAAACAGAAUUUCAAGCGAACGGGAAAAGUUUACUUCCACAAAGGACGCAGACGAUGACGAGAAGAGUGACGACUCGGAUAAAGAAAUUGUCGUUGUCAACAGGACAAUUAAAUCGAAAAUAUUUUUAGAUUCAAGCAAGGCCGAAAAGGAGGACAAGAAAUGCACCAGCUAUGCGCGUAAUGCCAAGGGUCCUGUUAGCAAAGUUGCAAAAAAAAAAAAUACAAACCCAUGUGGUGACGCUCCACUAACUCAAAUCAUAAAAAGGGAUAAUAAUAAAACGGGUAACUUUAUCAAGACUGCUUUUACCUCUUCCCAAUUUAGAGGCUUGCAGAGCGGCCAUUCCACGGCUACACCUAAGCAUCAGAAAUUUGUACACAAGUCGGAACAGAAAAACCACAUAGGUGGAUCCCCAAAUGGGAAGAGAGAAUGUGUGGAUCAUAGCUUCUUCAACGAACUAGCGAAUAGCACCUGCGUAAAAAACACGGAACCUGUUAAUGAUACGGUGUGUGGUGAUCCUACUGGGGGGGCCUCAAAUGAAGCAACGCACGAAAGGGACCUGCAUAAUGGAAACAAGAGAAAAGUCGGUAAAAUUGGGAAUGAUACCCAUUUUGAUAAAGUGAAUGAGGAGGCUGACUUGGAUUAUCUUCCUCCCUACCAUGAGAGGAAGUAUCCUUUGGAGGAACGACUAAGCCAUUCCGCUCAACAUAAUAAGGUGGAAUAUCCCUUGGAGGACGAUUCCCCUGUUGGAGGAGCAAAUCCAAGUGUCCAUUUCGCACAGGUGGGUGAGGAAGAGGACGCUUUUACGUGCCAUUCGAAUGAUGAAGCCACUUCACCUGUUAUCAAAUAUGACCAAUUUGAGCUGUACGAAAUAGACAGAGAGAUCGAAAAAAUUACAGAGGAAGAAAAUAAGAUACAGGAGAAGCUAAUUUAUUUGGCUAACCAAGAGCUCGACAUUGUUAUAAAGAUGAAGCAGAUGCGUGCCGCCAGGCUGCUCAGUCAGAAGGAGGCACAACCAGUCGAAUGGGAUAAGGGCAGUCACAACGCGGAUAAAGGGUAG